GGGCGAGGGCACCGGCGGGAGAGGGCUUGGGUGUCCUGGAGAGGCGGCAGCGGCCUGGGAAAGGACUGUCGCCGCCCACCUGUGGUGAUUGACAGCAGAGCGAGCGCCUUCAGUCAGGGCUUCCCUGUAGAUGCGCCUAGCUAACGUGCAAAGGAUUUCUCUCUUAGCCAGAGUGGAAAUAUGCCUUGAAGUUGGAUCAGGAUCUGGAGUGGUGUCUGCAUUCUUAGCCUCUGUGAUAGGACCUCAGGCUUUGUACAUGUGCACUGAUAUCAACCCCAAUGCAGCAGCUUGUACCCUGGAAACAGCACGCUGUAACAAUGUCCACAUUCAACCAGUAAUUACAGAUUUGGUCAAAGGCUUGUUACCAAGACUGAAGGAAAAAGUUGAUCUUCUGGUGUUCAAUCCCCCCUAUGUUGUGACUCCACCUGAAGAGGUGGGAAGUCACGGAAUAGAAGCAGCUUGGGCUGGUGGCAGAAAUGGACGAGAAGUCAUGGAUAGAUUCUUUCCACUGGCAUCAGACCUCCUUUCCCCAAGAGGAUUAUUCUAUUUAGUUACCAUAAAAGAAAACAAUCCAGAAGACAUUUUGAAAACAUUGAAGGCAAAAGGUCUACAAGGGACCACUGCACUUUCUAGACAGGCAGGCCAAGAAACCCUUUCCAUUCUCAAGUUCACCAAGUCCUAAUAUACCAAGAGCUACCAGAAGUAUGCUGAGAGAUCCUGUGAACUGAAUGCAUUCAGCGUAUUUUGAAACUGAAGUCAUUCCUUGGUUAAGGAAUUUUGUCAGAAAUUUAUCAUUAAAAAACAAAAAGGUGGAAAGAUGGAGCAUUUCCUUUUACCAGGAAAUCAGGUCUUCAGAAAUAUUUACACACAUGCAGGUAAAUAUGUAUAUUUAUAAUUUGCAUUUAUAUGUAAAAGUUAUAUGACAUGUGGAUGUAUAUUCAUUUCAGCAUUGGUUCUGUAGCAAAGUGGAAUCAACCCAAAUGUCCAUCAUGAAGGAGAUUGGUUAAAAUAAAUUACAGUUUAUCUGUUUUACUGAACAUGCAACCAUUAAACCUGAGUCAGGUCUCUAUAUACUAAAUCAGAAGGGGUCCAAUUCUGUACUCUAGAAUGAGAAGAGCAAACUGCCGAAUAGUUUUAUCCUACCUGUAUAUUUUUAAGAAACCAAUAAAGACAAUAUGUUUGUAUGUGUAUAAAAGCCUCAGAAGAUAAAUAACAGGUGAGAAUGAAGACACUUCUGCUAUUCGGGGAUGGUAUUUGAUUUUGCACAAAAAGGAUGUUGGGGAAUGGCUAUGGAGUAUAAUUUUAACCACUGAUUGCAGCUGGUGUAGCAGAUGGGGUUUCAUUGCUGGAGCAAAUUAACACAUCACUUGGUACCUGCUACACAAUCAAUAUGGAAAAUACCUUUUUCACCAUACUUAUCCAUAAAAGUCCACCAGAGGUAGUUUGUUUUUAACCAGCAAGGUCAACAAUACACCUUCACUGUCCUACCUCAGGUAUUAUCUACUCUCCAGCCUUAUAUCAUAAUUUAGUUUGCAGGGAUAUUGAUCACCUUCCUAGCCACAAGAUGCUACACUAAUCAUUACAUUGAUGACAUGAUACUGAAUGAAACAAGUGAUCAAGAAAUAGCAACUACUGUAAACUUGUAACAAGUAGGAAAUCUAACUACACUUCAGGGACCUUCCACCUCAGUAAAAUUAAUGAGGUCCAGUGGUUUGGGCCUAUUGAAACAGCCCUUCUAAUGUGAAGGAUAAAUUGUUGAAUUAAGUGCUCCUGCAACCAAGAAAGAACAUCUAGUGGAUGUUGUUGCACUUUGGAGGCAACAAAUGGUUAUUUGGUGUGUUACUUCAACCCAUUUAUGAAGUGACCCAAAAGUUGCCAGUUUUGAGUUGGGCCCAGAACCAGAAAAGGCUUUGCAUCUUGUACAGGCCGCAUACAAGCUGCUCUGCCACUUAGGCCAUAUGAUCUAGCAGAUCCAGUGGCGAAGUGUCAUUCUCAGACAGGAAUGCUAUUCAGUCUUUGGCAGGCCCCUACAGGUGAGUUCUAGUUUCAGACCUGUAGGAUUUUGGAGCAAGACUGGUAAUGCCAUAAAUAACUACUUGUUUUGAGAAAGAGCUCUUGGCCUGCUACUGGGCCUGAGUAGAUUCUGAACACUUAACCAUAGAUCACUAAGUUAUCAUGGGAACUGAGCUACAUUCUGAACUGGGUGUUGUCUGACUCAUCAGACCAUGAAGUUGGCAAGCACAGCACCACUCCAUCAUCAAAUGGAAGUGAUACACCUGAGCAGACCCGGAAAUGUACUUGAAGAAGUGUUCAAAAGACCCAUUUUCCUCAUUCCUGCCUUCUUUGUUCCUACCUGCUCCUGUGGGCAGUUCCCUCUGAUCUGCUGACAGAAGACAACUAGGGCCUGGCUUACAGAUGGUUCUACAGAACUACAGCCUCUCUCCACAACAUCCUUGAAGGACAGCUGGUGAAGGAAUAUCCUCCCAAUGAAGCUUGGAGUAAUGCAUCUGGUUGUUCACUUUGCUUGGAAGGGUAAAUGGCCAGAUAUGCAAUCAUAUUCAAUUUCACGAGCUGUGGCCCUUAAUUUAGCUGGAUGAUCAGGAAUUGGAAACAGUCAUGAUUGGAAAAUUGGUGACAAAGACAUUUGGGUAAGAGGUAUGUGGAUACACCUCUGAAUGGACAAAAGACAUGAAAAUAUUUGCAUCUCAUGUAAAUGCUCACCAAAGGGUGACCUCAGCAGAGGCAGACUAAUAAUAAAGUGAAUAGAACAACCCAUUCUGUGGAUAGUUUUUAUCCUCUUUACAAGCCACCCCUGGGCUCAGGAACAAAGUGGCUCUGGUGGCAGGGAUUGAAGUUAAGCAUGAGCUCAACAGAACUUGCCUUCCCUGCCUGCAGUGUAUCCAUGGAUUUACAAAAUGCCUCAUGCACCACCAUGGUAUUCCAGAGUUUGUGGAAACUGUGUAUAUUCUCAUAUAUAUAAAUCUAAACUUAAAAUGUCUGUUAAUUUAAGAAAAAAAUUGCAAUACAAUAAAAGGCACAGAAUAAACAAAAGGGUAGGAUGAAGGGAGGCAGAGAGAGAGGACAGGGGGAAAGAAGACACCCAUGUAGAGACCUUAAAUGUACUGGUAUGUUCCAGUUCUCAUGUUGAGCAGAAGGUCCUGUGGUGUUUCACUAUUUAA